AUGAGAGUAUCACCAGCAUUAUUGCAACGCUCGAAACAGCUUAUAGAUAAGUACGCAUUGUACGUGCCUAAAACGGGCUCUUUUCCAAAGGGCUUUGAAGUUGGCUACGUCGCAUCUGGAGUCAAGAAAAAUGGGAACUUGGACCUGGGUAUCAUCUUGAACACCAACAAAUCUCGUCCUUCCACUGCAGCAGCGGUUUUCACGACGAACAAAUUCAAGGCUGCCCCUGUUUUAAUUUCGAAGAAGGUCCUUGAAUCUGCUAGUGGCAAGAAUAUUAACGCCAUCGUAGUCAAUUCUGGUUGUGCUAAUUCUGUCACCGGUGAUCUCGGUAUGAAAGACGCCCAGAUAAUGAUCGACUUGGUUAACGAGAAAAUUGGUGAAAGAAACUCAACAUUAGUAAUGUCUACGGGUGUAAUUGGACAGCGACUACACAUGGACAAGAUCAGUAAUGGUAUCAAUAGAAUAUUUAGUGAAAGGAAAUUCGGCGGUGAUUUCAACUCUUGGUUGAACGUGGCGAAAUCAAUCUGCACCACCGACACUUUCCCCAAGUUAGUUUCAUCCAAAUUUAAGCUCCCUAGUGGCACUGAGUAUACCUUAACAGGUAUGGCGAAGGGUGCAGGCAUGAUCUGCCCUAAUAUGGCCACAUUACUAGGUUUCGUGGUCACUGAUCUUCCCAUCGAAAACAAGGCGUUGCAAAAAAUGCUAACUUUCGCUACCACCCGUUCGUUUAAUUGUAUUUCAGUUGACGGUGACAUGAGUACUAACGAUACGAUUUGUAUGCUAGCCAAUGGUGCUAUUGAUACCGAGGAAAUUAAUGAAAGUUCUGAGGAUUUUGAUCAAGUGAAAUUGCAAGUCACCGAAUUCGCCCAACGUUUGGCUCAGUUAGUUGUUCGUGACGGUGAAGGUUCGACAAAGUUUGUUACCGUAAAUGUCAAAAAUGCAUUGCAUUUUGAAGAUGCCAAAAUUAUCGCCGAGUCAAUUUCGAAUUCUAUGUUGGUCAAAACUGCGUUAUAUGGGCAAGAUGCUAAUUGGGGGAGGAUUUUAUGCGCUAUCGGGUAUGCUAAGUUGAACGAUUUGAAAUCUCUGGAUGUCGAUACUAUCAACGUUAGCUUUAUCGCGACUGAUAAUUCUGAACCUCGUGAGUUGAAGCUUGUUGUUAACGGUGUCCCCCAAUUAGAUAUUGACGAAUCAAGAGCUUCUGAAAUAUUGGCUUUGAACGAUUUAGAAGUGUCCGUCGACUUAGGUACUGGUAAGGAGACAGCCCAAUUUUGGACUUGUGAUCUGUCACAUGAAUAUGUUACUAUAAACGGUGAUUACCGUUCAUAA